AUGUCGCCGGCGGAUGUCCGUGUGACACGAGACCAAAAGCUCGGAAAGCAAAGUCGCAUCGACAGUUCCGCAGCCAGCUGUCCCAUGUGUCAAGCUAUCUCAAGCUUGGUCAGAACUGCGGGACUCUAUACACCCCAUCAUGAGUUCUUCGAGGGUGACCCAGAUUGCUCGUUGAGCAUUUAUUGCGACCCGGUGGAUGGACCUGCGAUCGAGGUACCGAAAUCCGCUGGUAACGACAAGAUAUUAGGAUGGUUAACAGCAAAAGGGCUGCGAUCUGGACAGUCUUACCCCGUUGCACUCUUGGUUUUCUUCGGAAGGAUAUCCUUGACGUGGAACGCACCAGUGACUGCUCCGAGUCUCACUCUAUUCGACUGCUUUCAGACUCUGGAUCCGGCAGAGGAUGAGAUUAUCGGAGACACCAGCAUCAACAGACCUCGUAGCCUCUUCAGUGGGCGCGAGAGACCGGUCAUCAUUGACCCAGACCUGCCGCGGCGGUGGCUACGUAGCUGUUUGGAAGACCACAAGGAUAUUUGUCCUCUGAAUAGGAGGCAAAACAGAACGGCUUCUACCUUUCGCCUUAUCGAUACGAGCACCAAAGCAGUUGUUGAGUUCAGAGGCCAUCGUCUUGGGGAUAUCCAGUACGUAGCCCUAAGCUGUGUAUGGGGUAACGGGCACAAAAUUACCCCGAGGCAUGACACUGUCACGCAGCUACAGUUGACUGGUUCAUUACCAGUAGCUGGACCGCAGACAGUCUUGGAUGCGAUCAAAUUUACCUCUGACAUGGGCAUCCGCUACCUCUGGGUGGACGCUUUCUGCAUCAUCCAGGACGACGAAAAUGACAAAGCCGCCCAGCUCCAGCUUAUGGCUGAGAUCUAUCAGUAUGCCCUCUUCACAAUCGUGGCUGCUGCUGGCAACAACGCACAAGCAGGACUUCCAGGCAUCAGCAUACCCAGGGAAGCCGUUCAACAAAAAGUGUUGGUGAAGAAAGCAGAGAGUCCAGAACUGGCGCCCAUAUGGCUCAUUUCGACACUAGCACCGCGGGACAAGAUGAGAGAGUAUGCUUGGUCUACCCAUGGAUGGACACUGCAAGAAAAAGUCUUGUCCCGACGCGUCCUCACCUUCACCGACAAGCGAUUGCUAUGGAGAUGUCGACAGUGCAAAAAGUGGGAGGAGAUUGACACAGAAACUGCCAGCGACUUAUCUUGCUCUCUCCGAUACGAGGGAACCGGAGGUCGCAGCCUCGACCUCGACCCCUUUAUGGAACCCAACCCAUCACGCAUCGGUCAAGCAGAGAUCACAGCAUCCCCAUGGCAAAACUUAUCCUCCUUGAUAUCCGAAUUUGCACGUCGGGAUCUUAUCGUACAAGGAGAUGCCCACGACGCCGCCUCCGCCAUCCUCAGAGAGUACACCAUCCAAACGGGCGUACAGUUCCUAUGGGGUCUACCUGCUGAUGCUCGCUUUGAGCUUGCUUUGUGUUGGCAUUACACCACCAAGCCCUCCGAAUUAGAUCCGCAUGCAGGGAAACCGCUUAGACGGCGCCAGGAGUAUACGACCUUGCCCACUACCUCUUUGCAGCAGAGGGUACCGUUCCCGAGCUGGUCGUGGCUGGGGUGGAGAGGGCCGAUUGAUUUGCCGGAUUUGGAUUAUUCCCAAGUGUUGACGCCCAUCGUCGCCUAUGUACUCAAAAACACGCCUCUCGAGCUCGUCAGGACGUCAACUCUCACACCAGAGGCAGAUACACAUGCACCAACCAGCCACAAACAAAACGACGAUCCAGACGCAUCGCUAGUAACCCUCGACAUGAUCGUCACAGAAUUACCAGACCUUACCUUCGACCGACUCUCCCUCAUCCCCGACGAUCAAAUCCUCUUCUUCUGGGCCGAAACCGCCCACUUCUUUCUCUCACCUCUAUCAAAGUCGAACCAUUCCUCAGAUCGCGGUAGACCAAUCUACGACGAGAAGGGCGAAUACUGUGGGGAUGUGGGACCGUUACCAGGGGCAGUUGGGGCAGUUGACGAUGAUGCAGAUGAGGAGGACGACUUUGGUCGGGACAGCUCUUCAGCAAGGGAUGCCAAGGGCACCAGCACGAGCACCAGCAACAACAAUCAGCGAGCCGAGUUCAUCGCCCUCCGUCGUUUCACCUACAUUUGUCUUGUUCUCCAGGUCGAGAGGCGGGAAGGAAUCGUGUACAGGGUCAAUAUUUGGCAGAUUGACGCGCAGGCGUGGCGAAGAAGUAGGCUGAGAAGGGAGCUUGUUGCUCUUGGGUAG